CAGGCUUAAAUAUGGGAGGUGGUUGCAGCUCUCACCCCCCUAAGGAAGGAAGAACAAUUCGCUCACUGGUGUGAACUAGCAGAGGGCAGUGGCAGCCUGAGCUGAGCUGCGCUGAGCUGAGCUGAGCUCCUUGUGGUCUUCGGAAGACAAGAGGAAGAAGAAGAAGGAUGGCGUCUGCCACUCUGCUCAAGUCCUCCUUCCUUCCCAAGAAGUCCGAAUGGGGCACGACAAGGCAGCUCGCCGCGCCCAGGCCGGUGACCGUCUCCAUGGUCGUCCGCGCCAGCGCCUACGCCGAUGAGCUCGUCAAGACCGCGAAAACGAUCGCGUCGCCGGGGAGGGGGAUCCUGGCGAUGGACGAGUCGAACGCGACGUGCGGGAAGCGCCUGGCGUCGAUCGGGCUGGAGAACACGGAGGCGAACCGGCAGGCGUACCGCACACUGCUGGUGACGGCGCCGGGGCUCGGGCAGUACAUCUCCGGCGCCAUCCUCUUCGAGGAGACGCUGUACCAGUCCACCGUGGACGGCCGCAAGAUCGUCGACAUCCUCGUCGAGCAGGGCAUCGUCCCGGGGAUCAAGGUCGACAAGGGCCUCGUCCCGCUCGCCGGCUCCAACAACGAGUCCUGGUGCCAGGGCCUCGACGGCCUCGCCUCCCGCGAGGCCGCCUACUACCAGCAGGGCGCGCGCUUCGCCAAGUGGCGUACCGUCGUCAGCAUCCCCAACGGCCCCUCCGAGCUCGCCGUCAAGGAGGCCGCCUGGGGCCUCGCCCGCUACGCCGCCAUCUCCCAGGACAACGGUCUGGUGCCGAUCGUGGAGCCGGAGAUCCUGCUGGACGGCGAGCACGGCAUCGAGCGGACGUUCGAGGUGGCGCAGAAGGUGUGGGCUGAAACCUUCUACGCCAUGGCCGAGAACAACGUCAUGUUCGAGGGCAUCCUGCUCAAGCCUUCCAUGGUGACCCCCGGCGCCGAGUCCAAGGACAAGGCCACCCCGGAGCAGGUCGCCGAGUACACACUCAAGCUCCUCCACCGCCGGAUCCCGCCGUCAGUCCCCGGGAUCAUGUUCCUCUCCGGCGGGCAGUCGGAGGUGGAGGCGACGCAGAACCUGAACGCCAUGAACCAGGGCCCCAACCCGUGGCACGUGUCCUUCUCCUACGCGCGGGCGCUGCAGAACACCUGCCUCAAGACGUGGGGCGGCCGCCCGGAGAACGUGAAGGCGGCGCAGGACGCACUGCUGCUGCGCGCCAAGGCCAACUCGCUCGCGCAGCUCGGCAGGUACACCUCCGACGGCGAGGCCGCCGAGGCCAAGGAGGGCAUGUUCGUCAAGAACUACAGCUACUAGUAGAUUACGCAAAGCACGUACUCCAUAAGCCAUGGUGCUUGCUGCUAGCUACUGCUGUGCUGCAAGAUCGAGCGACACAAUGGUGCCUUCACGAGGUAGCUGAGAUUACUAAUGGAUGGGGACCGGGGAGAAAGAAGUUGAGAUGCAUGGUUAAUGAAUUUACUGUGUAUUAUUUUGGAUCGAUCUAUAUCCCUUUUCA